AUGACAAAAAAUUAUCUCUUAAGUAAGAAUGAGGAAUUAUGCACUUUCCCCUGUAAAAAGUGUGUUAACCGAAACCCACCUACUUCAUUAGCUGAAAUUGAACAUCACUUGUUCACUACUGGCAUGGCAGGUAGUUAUAAGAUAUGGGUACUUCAUGGGGAAGAAGAUAAUCCUACUCAAAACCAAUCAGCGUCUAGCCAUGACUAUGUCUUUAAUGAUGGUACAACCCAUUCUGGAAAUAAUAUAGGUGUACUUGAUAUGUUACAUGAUGCUGAUAAUGCUGGGCCUUUUGAUAGUCAUGCAGAUAUAGGUAGGCACAGAGAAACUAAUGAUGAUUCGGGUGAAGAUGAUAGUACAAAUAAUUUGUGUGAAGCUAGUACAAAGUUUGAGGAGCUAUUAGGCAAAGCUAAGCAAGAACUAUACCCUGGUUGUACAGAUUACUCGUCAUUAACUUUCCUUGUAGAGUUAAUGCAUCUCAAAGUGCUCAACUGUUGGAGCAACAAAAGUUUUGAGAUGCAGCUUGAGUUUCUUAAGAAAUCUUUUCCAAAAGAUAAUACAAUUCCGAGUUCAUACUAUGAAGUUAAAAAGAUAUUGCGUGAUCUUGGAUUGGGAUAUGAAUCGAUUGAUGCAUGUAAAAAUGACUGUGCUUUAUAUUGGAAGGAACAUAAGGAUAGGGAUGAUUGUCCAGUAUGCCACGAGCCUAGGUACAAAUUCAAUGACGGAAAGGGUAAGAAGAUCCCACACAAGGUACUGCGCUAUUUUCCUUUAAAACCAAGACUACAGAGAUUAUUUGCUUCAAGGCAUACAGCUGAUGAUAUGAGAUGGCACAAAGAACAUGUUGCUCCUGAAGGGGUUUUAAGGCAUCCUGCUGAUGCUGAAGCAUGGAAGCAUUUUGAUUUGCGAUAUCCACAAUUUGCAAAAGAUCCUCGAAAUGUAAGGUUAGGUCUUGCUACUGAUGGGUUUAAUCCCUUUGGAAAUAUGAAUAAUGCGUACAGCAUGUGGCCAAUUAUAGUGAUGCCCUACAAUUUACCCCCUUGGAAGUGUAUGAAACAACCUUUUUUCAUGAUGGCGUUACUUAUUCCUGGCAAGAAAGCACCUGGUAACGAUAUCGAUGUGUAUCUACGACCCUUAAUAGAUGAGCUAAAAGAGUUGUGGGAAAAAGGAGUGGAAACAUAUGAUGCCUCCACAGAAAAAACUUUUCGUAUGCACGCAGCUGUAUUGUGGACCAUAAAUGACUUCCCAGCAUAUGCUAAUUUAUCAGGAUGGAGUACAAAAGGUUACUUAGCGUGUCCAGUAUGUAAUGAUGACCCACCGUCUCGUGCAUUGAGGAGUAAGAUAGGUUAUCUGCGUCAUCGUAGGUUCUUGCCUCCCCGACAUCCAUGGCGGAGAAACAAACUUCAUGAUGGACAUGAUGAGCUUCACAGUCCACCGAAAGAGUUGACAGGCAUUCAACUUUUACAGCAAAUGGAAAAACUGGGAGUUAAAAGUUGUUUCGGAAAGCAUCCAGAUAAGGGAAGGAAGAAAAGAAGCCGUACCAAGAAAGAGCUGAGUUGGACAAAAAAGAGUAUUUUCUAUGAGCUUCCAUACUGGUCACAUCUUAAAAUCAGGCAUAAAAUUGAUGUUAUGCAUGUUGAGAAAAAUAUAUGCGAUAAUAUCGUGGGAACCUUGUUAAAUCAGGAAUUGAAGACCAAAGAUACGUUUAAAGCUCGCUUGGAUUUGGAAGACAUGAAUAUUAGACCAGAAUUGCACCUAAAGCGUAAAGGAGAAAAAUUUAUAAAGCCUCCAGCUUCCUAUGCUUUAACAACGGAGCAAAGGAAAGAGUUUUGUAGGUUUCUGAAAUCAGUGAAGUUCCCAGAUGGAUACGCGGCUAACAUAGCGAGGAGUGCUAAUGUGGAUGAUGGGAAGAUAUCAGGUUUGAAAAGCCAUGACUGUCACGUGUUGUUACAAAAAAUUCUCCCGGUUGGAAUUCGUUCGUUUCUGCCCACAUAUGUAUGCACUGCCUUAAUUGAGUUGAGUAAUUUCUUUCAUGAUUUAUGUGCGAAGAAACUGAAUGUGAGUCACUUGGAAGAAAUGGAAAAAGGUAUAGUUUUGAUUCUUUGUAAGUUGGAAAGAAUAUUUCCACCGGCAUUUUUUGAUGUCAUGGUUCAUUUGGCUAUUCACUUACCCCGAGAAGCUAAACUUGUUGGUCCAGUUGGUUAUAGUUGGAUGUAUCCUAUCGAAAGGUACCUUGGAACACUUAUGCGUCACGUGAAGAAUAAAGCACGACCAGAGGGUUCAAUAGCGGAAGCAUACAUUAUUAAUGAAGCUUUGACAUUUUGCUCAUUGUAUUUACGUGGGAUUGAAACUAAAUUUAAUCGCCCAGAACGAAAUGAUGAUAAUUCAGAUGAUAGUCAACGACGCAAGGGAAAGCUGUCUGUUUUCGCUCAGGAUGUCCGUCCCUUCGGUACAAAAUCUAUAAAAUCAUUGACUCUAGAAGAACGAGAACAUAUGCAUUGUGAACAUUUGAAUGUGCUGAAAGCAGAAUCAAAUGACAACUUGUUACCGAGGCAUCAAAAACUAUUUCCUGUGUGGUUUCGAAAGCGGGGUGUUGAAUCUCGCGCAAAAUCAUUUUCUGCUUGUAUCUAUAAUGGAGUUCGAUUCCAUACCAAACAACGCGAACUUCGUCGAACGACCCAGAAUAGAGGAUUGGUAGUAGAUGGGGAACACAAUAGUAAGCCAAUUGAAUUCUUCGGUAUCUUGCAAGAUGUUAUUGAGUUAGACUUUUUGUAUGGAUACCGAGUUGUAUUAUUUAAAUGUGAUUGGUUUGAAGUAACUCCUGAAAAGACAAGAAUUCGAAAGGAUUAUAGUUUGACAUGUAUAAAUACUAAUAGAAUAUGGUACAAGAGUGAUCCUUUCGUUCUUGCAUCACAAUCGCAACAAGUGUUCUACCUAGAUGACUAUAAGCAUGGAGAAAAUUGGAAAGUGGCUCAGAAAAUGCAUCAUAGACACAUAUGGGAUGUUCCUGAAAUGGAUAUCAAUGAAGUACAACCAGAAACAGAAACAACUAUCGACGAGGCAUAUCACCAUAACAAGGAGGCUCCAUUGCUAUUAUCCGCUGUUCAGGAAGAUGAUAAUGAGGCAACUGUACUUUAUAGAGAUGCUGAUGUUGAACUCGAAAUCAUAGAUGCAGAUCUUGUUCUAGCUGAGGAUGUCAUAGAUGAUGAUGAGGAUGAGGAGGAAGAAGACGAAACAUUGUUUAACUACAACAAUGAUGUGGCAGAGCCUGAUGAUAUUGUGCCAGAAGAAGAUGACUCGGAUCUAGAAUAUUAG